UGCCCGGGCGUGGAGUGCGUCUGGAGGCAGUCGGGCCUUCCGCUGGAGGGCACUGGGGUCGUGCCUGCCCCAGAUGGGCCUCCAUUGCAGGAACACCAAGCCACCCACGCAGGACUGAUGAUCCCCGUGUGGAAGAACGGCCAUCCCCAACCAUUGGCAUCGCCAUUGUCCUCGACCGACCGCUCGACUGCCGGAGCGCGGGCAGUGGAUCGAUGCGGAAGAGCCCCGGCCCCGGCCCUGGACGCCUUGGCAGCCGUCAUGUUUGCGGUCCGGCUCUGCUUGAACGCGCCUGCCCAGAGCCGCCAACCCUGCCGCCAAGAGCGCUGUCUUGACGCUCAGUGCACCGUGUCGCGUGCUGCACCACCGGCUCGCUUGGACUGUCCACGCCAACGCGGCACGCUUUUCCGGGCAAGCACAUCUCCAAUGCCGCCAACCUUCUUCCUGUCCUGUCCUGUCUUGUCCUUACGGCACCGAUGCAGCUGUCGUCGAAUCGUGCUGGCGCCUCCGAAUUGAGGCUUGGCGGCUUCCUUGUGGCUGAGGAGAGGUCGACACACUUUCAGUCUUUCCAUCUGCUCCACACCUUUGCUCAGGGCCCCUGCCAGUGUCGUCAGCGGCGACGUCAAAGACGGGUAUCCGAUCUCCAGCCUCAGCUGCCCUUCGGUGAGGCUUCAAACGCAGACCCCUGGACCGCUCACGACUCGCGCAAUCUGCAACGACACGACCAAACAGCGGGCGAGCCCUUCCAACGUUCCUCAAACAACAAAAGACGUCAUGGUGAGGGCACUGCUGUCCCUCUGUCAGGCGGCUGCGAUUGGGUGGGCAUAAUCGAGCCCCGUCUCAGCUCCCGCAAAUGA